AUGGGGCAACGAAUUCACUUUGUGGUUGACCCUCAGGGUUGGUGCUGCAUGAGCCUAAUUAUCUUCGUGUGGCUGUACAAUACAAUCUUCAUUCCAAAGGUCAUCCUUUUUCCUCAUUAUGAAGAGGGAAAUAUUUCAGUUGUAGCAGUUUUGUGUUAUUACUUCUGCUCAUUGUUUUGUAUAGCUUCAUUAUUUAGAGCCUCGGUCGCAGAUCCAGGAAAACUACCUGAAAAUCCAAAGAUACCGAUUACAGAACGAGAACAUUGGGAGUUAUGUAACAAAUGCAAUAUGAUGAGACCAAAGCGUUCACACCAUUGCAGUCGCUGUGGACAUUGUGUGAGGAGGAUGGAUCACCACUGUCCAUGGAUUAAUAAUUGUGUUGGUGAAGACAAUCACUGGCUGUUUUUACAGCUGUGUUUCUACACCCAGAUCCUUAGUUCCUAUACGCUGAUACUUGACUUCUGCCAUUACUACUACUUUUUGCCUCUGAAAAAAGAAAACUGGGAUGUGUUUGUAUUUAGACAUGAACUUGCUCUCCUAAGAAUAUCUGCCUUCAUGGGUCUAAUAAUACUAGGUGGAAUAAGUCGACUCUUUUACGUUCAGCUAAUGGGUAUUUUCACUGACACUACAAGUAUAGAAAAAAUGUCACACUGUUGUGAAGACAUAUCGAGACCCCGAAAGCCAUGGCAGCAGACCUUCUCAGAAGUUUUUGGCACUCACUGGAAGAUCCUGUGGUUUAUUCCUUUCAGGCAGAGGCGACCACUGCGGGUUCCCUACCACUUUGCCAAUCAUGUUUAA